AUUAAAGAUUUUAAAAAAUUCUCUAUAGCCUCUGUAAUUAGGCAAAGAAUGGUGGGCUCUCCUCUGCCCGAACAGGAGACCCACUAUCCAAAAAAAUAGCCCCAUUAAUAGUCGGUACAUGAAACUAUUUUCUAUCUCCCUAGCUUCCGCCUAGAAUUUCCCCUUCUUGCAUGCACCUCCCCCGGGCUCCCCGCUUUAUUCCUUCUCACGAACGCUUGCUAUAAAUAAGAGCACCCAUAUCUCACUUGUACGCACUACAUAUUGAAGUUUCAACUAGCGUUGAACACAAAGCUCUAGUUCCAAGUCUUUAACAAUGGCCAUCGCCAAGGAGUUGAUUGCUUUCAUUCUCGUUUCUCUUCUCGUCAUACAUCUCAGUGAAGCUGAUCAGAUGGUGAACAAAAAGUACCCAUCGACAAAAAUAGAUUGUGGAGCAGCAUGUGCUGCAAGGUGUCGGUUGUCGUCUAGGCCGCACCUCUGCAAGAGAGCAUGCGGGACUUGCUGUGCCCGUUGCAGCUGUGUUCCUCCAGGCACUUCCGGUAAUCUUGAGGUCUGCCCCUGCUACGCUAACAUGACCACCCAUGGCAACAGACGCAAGUGCCCAUAAAAGUAUAUAUAUACAUAUAUACAUAAAUCACGCCUAGCCUGGCUAUAUACGCUGGUGUUAUGAAGUCUUUCAGUACUUGGAAAGACAAAUAAUUAACAAAGGCUAGGGUCGUGGAAAAUAAGAUUUGUGUACUAAAUACAAGUAUGUCACUUUGUGUAAAGGCUUUUAAUUAUAUAAUAUAUGGUUGUUAUUGAUAUCA